UUGGUCCUAGAUAACAGAAAGAAGUGUUCUUAUAAGUAAAGCUCAGAUCCACCUUUUCUAUAUAAACCAGGGCUGCAGAGGAAGUUUUUUCAUCAACAAGAUCACUCAGCAACAAUGAGGUCUCUGGUGUUUGUUCUGCUCAUUGGAGCUGCUUUUGCCUUGGAUGACGACAAGAUUGUUGGAGGGUAUGAGUGCACACCCCACUCUCAGCCUCAUCAGGUGUCUCUGAAUGUUGGCUACCACUUCUGUGGUGGCUCCCUGGUCAACGAGUUAUGGAUUGUGUCUGCUGCUCACUGUUACCAGAACCGUAUUGAAGUUCGUCUGGGAGAGCACCACAUCAACAUCAACGAGGGAACUGAAGAGUUCAUCAGCUCCUCCAAUGUCAUCCGCCAUCCCAGUUACAAUAGCUACACCAUUGACAAUGACAUCAUGCUGAUCAAGCUCAGCAGGGCCGCUACCCUCAACCAGUAUGUCCAGCCUGUGGCUCUGCCCAGCAGCUGUGCUUCUGCUGGUACCAUGUGCUUAGUCUCUGGCUGGGGCAACACCAUGAGCUCAACUGCUGACAAGAACAGGCUGCAGUGCCUGGAGAUCCCCGUCAUAUCCAACCAGGACUGUAAUAACUCCUACCCUGGAAUGAUCACUGAUUCCAUGUUCUGUGCCGGAUACCUGGAGGGAGGCAAGGACUCCUGCCAGGGUGAUUCUGGUGGCCCGGUUGUGUGCAACGGUGAGCUGCAUGGCAUUGUUUCAUGGGGAUACGGAUGUGCUGAGAGAGACCAUCCCGGUGUCUACACCAAGGUCUGCCUCUUCAACGACUGGCUCCAGAACACCAUGUCCAGCUAUUAAACUGGAUCCUACAAUGGCCAUCUAACACUGCUAAAUUUCCACCAUCAUUCUGUACAAUAUGUAGACAGUUUGACACCAAUAAAUAAAUCAUAGAACUUUA